AAGCACAACGUCAUGAAAUGUAACCGAAGUUACCAUCUUCCUUCUUCACAUCAAUUUAUCUGAUUUUGUGACAAUUAUUUUUUCAAUAGUAUUUAAUAUAUAAGACAUCAGUAGUGAGAAAAUUUAUAAUGAAGAUGGAGACAUCACGUCUUCCUUUGCAGCAAACAUGCUUCUCCGAUCUAAUCGUACUCAACUGACCUAAACGAGAGUCCAAUUACAAAGUAUUCCCAUCCAACGGUCCAGUUCUCUCCAUCAUUGCAUUAGAGUUGAGACCCCAAUUCGAAACAGAGACAAAAGGACCGCGAGGUAUACUCUCGAGCUUCAGCUCUCUGCCUCCUCUCUCUUCAAGCUUGUAUCCUUUGCAUGGAGUUUGGUGUAGCUUCUUCUAGGGUUUUUAACGCUUGUCAAUUCUCUUGCCUCUGUCCCUCUCCAAGAAAGUUUCGGACGCCAGCGGACCUCUUGAGCUUGUCUCCUCGUCUUCGCCCUCUAAAUGCUUCGUUUCCCCUUUCUACCCCAGUUUCUCGCAGAUAUUGCACGUGCAAAGCCACCCUAAAAGAAACGAAUGCCUCCGUGGCAAAGGUGAGAAAUGUGGCUGCAAAUGACUUUGAGCUUUCAAGUUUAACGGCUUUAUCGCCGUUGGAUGGUCGUUAUUGGCGUAAAGUAAAGGACUUGGCUCCUUACACGAGCGAAUAUGGUCUGAUCUACUUUCGAGUUUUAGUUGAGGUCAAAUGGUUGCUGAAGCUUUCCCGAAUUCCUGAAAUCACAGAGGUUCCAAGCUUCAGCGAAGAAGCUCAGUUGUAUUUAGAAGGACUGAUUAAUGGCUUUAGCAUGAAUGAUGCCUUGGAAAUUAAAACCAUUGAAAAGGUGACAAAUCAUGAUGUAAAAGCAGUGGAAUACUUCUUGAAACAGAAAUGCCAAUCAGAUCCUGAGAUAGCUAAGGUGCUGGAAUUUUUUCAUUUUGCUUGCACAUCAGAAGACGUAAAUAAUCUUGCCCAUGCAUUGAUGCUGAAAGAAGCAAUGAAAACUGUUGUAUUUCCUGUCAUGGAUGAAUUGGUCAAGGCAAUAUGUAACGUGGCUAAGGACAAUGCACACAUUCCAAUGCUUUCUCGCACUCAUGGGCAGCCAGCUUCACCUACAACUUUGGGGAAGGAAAUGGCAGUCUUUGCUGUCAGGUUAAGCAGAGAAAGGCGGGAUAUUUCUCAGAUUGAGAUAAUGGGAAAGUUUGCUGGUGCGGUUGGAAAUUACAAUGCACAUCUCGCUGCAUAUCCUGAUGUUAAGUGGCCUCAAAUUGCUGAAGAGUUUGUAAAGUCACUUGGACUGAGUUUCAAUCCCUAUAUCACUCAGAUAGAAACUCAUGACUAUAUGGCAAAACUUUUUCAUGCAAUUAUCCAGUUCAACAAUAUAUUGGUUGACUUUGAUAGGGACGUAUGGGGCUAUAUAUCUUUGGGUUACUUUAAGCAGAUAACUAAGGCUGGGGAGAUUGGAUCUUCAACUAUGCCUCACAAAGUUAAUCCUAUUGAUUUUGAAAAUAGUGAAGGCAAUCUUGGUGUGGCCAAUGGUGGUUUAUCUCAUCUAAGCAUGAAGUUGCCUAUUUCACGUUGGCAGCGUGACUUGACUGAUUCAACUGUUCUGAGGAAUAUGGGUGUUGGGUUAGGGCAUUCAAUUCUUGCCUACAAAAGUACCCUACAGGGAAUGGCAAAGCUUCUGGUCAAUGAAGACCGCUUGAGUGAGGACUUGAACCAUUCAUGGGAGGUGCUUGCUGAACCAAUACAGACUGUUAUGCGGAGAUAUGGUGUUCCUGAACCAUAUGAGAAGCUAAAGGAGCUAACAAGAGGAAGAGCUGUUACUAAAGAAAGUAUAACUGAGUUUAUUGAAGGCUUGGCAUUACCUGAAGAAGCAAAGAUUAAUCUGUUGAAAUUAACACCGCAUACUUAUGUUGGAGCAGCUGUUGAAUUGGGCAGGACUGUAGACAUGGCCGUGAAGGAGUUGAAACUCAUAAUUGGAGUUGAAUAAGAAAUUUAUAGGGGAGACUGCUUACAGGGCAUUGUUGUGACACAGGUUCGAUCCCAAAAUCGUGAUUUGUUGGUAAUGCUAUUUUUUUUUUUUGGAAUAAAGUAAAAGGUCAAUUUUCAUCUGAUCAAAGUGUGAACGGCAACUGAAAAUGAUCGUAUCUCAUGUAUUCGAAAUUACCAAAUGUCAAGAAUUUUGUAGGCAAUUUUGAUGCAACUAUAA